AUGGUUGUCCUCACGUCAGCCGAUAAGGAGAAGAUAAAACGGGCGAUCCCGAAAAACGCAAACAAAAUCAUCGCGGCCGGCGUUGCCAGGCUUUACAUCGCACAUCCAGACCCCCAGGCGUGGCAAUUCACCGGAUUGAGCGGUGCAAUCGUAUUUGUGGAUGAUCUGGUGGGUCACACGUUUUUUCUGAAGCUUGUGGAUAUUAUUGGGCAUCGGGGAGUGAUUUGGGACCAGGAGCUCUAUGUUGGCUUCCAGUACAACCAGGACCGGUCCUUCUUCCACUCGUUCGAGCUUGAGGAGUGCUUUGGCGGCCUUUUAUUUGAGGAAACGGGCGAAGCAUCCCAGUUCUAUAAAAAAGUGACCUCUAAGGAGAAACACGGCUCGAAACAGACAAUCCAGAACAAAAAUGCCAUUGCGUUGAAGAAGAAACCCGAUGCACCCAGGGCUGCUGGGCCCAGAGGUGAUAUGGGCGAUCCUAUUAACGCCCAGAGAGUAAGAAGAACGAGGGGCCCGAUAUAUUACGACGACGUUCCACCACCGGAGUGGAGAUCGUUCUACGCAGAGCUAGAGUCGAUGGGUAUUUCGGAGGACAUGAUCGCAGAUAAUCGCGAUUUUAUCAAGAAUUACAUCAAUGAACAGGGCGGACCUCUCGUUGGAUUGGAACCUCCAAUUCCACGGAAAUUUCAAUAUAAGACGGCAUCAAACGAUACUCCUAGCCAAUCACGGAUUGCUUCAGGAAGCUCCAUCAAAAAGAAGAAAGCUCCACCUCCACCUCCACCAGGCGUGCCUGCGGCUCCGCAUGCGGUACCUGCACCCUCAAUGCAUUCCUCUGACAAUGAUUCUGGCUAUGAUUUCAACCCGCCCGAUUUUGAGCCUGUUACGAGCAGUUCCACUACGCCUCAUCACUCAAGUGCGGAAACUACCAGAGGAUCGACUCCGGCCCCUAUAGCUUCGACACCAGCACCAGAACCAGCACCAGCAGUUGCACCCACUCCCGCAGGUCCAGUUCACAAAGUUCCGCCUGCAAUGCCUUUUCUAGGCCAGAAUGCCCAUCCUCCAGCUCCAGUAGGACAGCCACAACAACCUCACUACCAACAAUCCAGUCCGUUUGGAGCAAACGGUAAUGCUCCACCACCGCCUGCCCGGAAUGGAGUACCAACACAAUACGGCCAAAGACCACCGGUUCAUAACGUGCCCCCUCCACCACCGUCCAGAAACCCAGGACCUUCAGUUCCGCCAAGAGGUGGUGCACCUCCGCCACUGCCUCCAAAGGCCCCAUCACGGGCUCCUGGACCUGCUCUACCGGGAAGAGGUCCUGUGCCAACGCCUUAUGGGCAGCCAUCAGCUCCUCAGCAGACUCAGGGAAGGACUCCGCCGGCACCUCCACCACCCAGAAGGGGAAAUGGCCCUCCUCCACCUCCUUCAAGGGCAACUGCGAGACCCACAGCGCCGCCGCAGCUGCCUACAUCUCCACGGCCGAUGUCGCCGCCUCAGAAUGUGUAUCCAGCUCAGCAGCAGACGCAAUAUCAACCUCAGCAAACCCAGAGUCCAUAUCAGCAGCAGAGUCCAUAUCAGCCUCAACAACAGCAGCCACAAAGUCCUUACCAGCCCCAACAGCAGCAGCCACAGAGUCCUUACCAGCCUCAACAGAGUGCUUACCAACCACCACAGAAUCCUUACCAACCCCAAAGUCCGUACCAGCCUCAGCAGUCCAUUCCACAGGCACCUCCUAUGCCUCAGAGCCCAACACCUGUUGCACCUCCUCUUCCAACUGCCCACAACACCAUUCCAGUGGCUCCGCCGCCACCUCCGAUGACACAAUCUGCCAUUCCAGUUGCCCCUCCACCUCCACCAAUGGCAAGUGGUGGUCCACCACCACCUCCUAUGGGUGGUUUCUCUCAGGAAUCACCCGCACCUGCUUUGCCUCAAGUUGAUGGUGGGCGUGAUGCAUUGCUGGCAUCCAUUAGAAGUUCGGGUCUCGGGUCGCUGAAGAAGGUUGACAAGUCCCAGCUGGACAAACCAUCUGUUCUUCUUCAAGAAGCCAAAGGAGAGCCAGUUGCACAGCCCUCCGGAAACGGCGGUGCUCCAGGACAACCUGCGUCGUUGGCUGAUGCCUUAGCGGCAGCGUUGAGUUCGAGAAAAAGCAAGGUUGCUUUAAGCGAUGACGACGAUGAUGGAGACUGGUAA